GGAAUACAUACACACAACUAACUGCGGAGCUGAGCUAUAAUCUCGCGAGCUGAGCUUUAAUUUGCAUCAAUGGCGGCCGAGCGUUACGGGCAGAACAGAGACGACGCCCUGCAGCUGCAACAGCAGCAGCAUCCGAAAUCGUACGGCGCCGUGAAGACGGCGACGGCGGUGACGGUUGGGGGCUCGCUGUUGGUGCUCUCCGGGCUGACGUUGGCCGGGACGGUGAUUGCGCUCACGGUGGCGACUCCGCUGUUCGUGAUCUUCAGUCCCGUUCUCCUGCCGGCGGCGAUCACGGCGUUCCUGUUGGUCACCGGGUUCCUGUCCUCCGGCGGGUUCGGGCUGGCGGCGGUAAGCGUGCUGUCGUGGAUGUACCAGUACAUGACCGGAAAGCGGCCGCCGGGGGCGGAGCAGCUGGAGUAUGCAAAAGGGAGACUCGGGAUGAGAGCGAGGGAGAUGAUGAGAGACAAGGGAGACAACUAUAAUGCUCAGCCGCAGCAGGCGGUGGUGCCACCGCCUAGCUAAGUUCUCCGUCGCUGCCGGCGGCCGGCCAGAUCUAUCUGCAGUUCGUUUAUUACAGCCAUGAUUGGUUUAUCAUGCAUUCAAAGUUAAUGUUGUAUCUGUUUCUUUUUCUUUCUUUCUCUUUUAUGGUAAAACCUUAAUUUAAUGUAAUAAUGCAUGUUUUUCAUCUUUGUUUAAGUUUGUCGUUAUCAUUUGUGUUGUUGGUCAGAUCUGUAAUAUAAUCUUUUCCUUAA